AUGGCCGGCGCGACAGGGACAGAAAACUCGGAGCAAUCCAGCGAGAAGAACGAAGGCCCAGGCGUCGCUUCUCCGGCGGCGGUCAAGGCCGCCCCUGUCGCAAAGCCCCCGACUGCAACCGUCGAGCUAGAUGACUUCGGCUUGCCCAUACGAAAGUACACACCACCCGAAACUACUGCGAGUGAUGAUGAGGUCCCGAGAAAAUCCACGGCAGAUGAUCGAAAAUCCAAGCCUGCUACCGACACAAAGAAGGAGGUUGCGGAGAGGCGAAAUUCAAAGGGAUUGACUGUUGCGACCAGCGCAGCGGAGAAUAAGGAGGCAGCAAGAGACUCUGACAGCGACCAGUUCGAGGAUGCCGUUUCCAAACCCCCAUCCGGGGCUGCGUCUGCAGACGAGGAUGAACCCCGGACCCCGAUGCCACCGAAGACCGCAGAGAACAAGACGGGACCAAAUGGAAGUGUUGCCGAGAAGGAUGUUGCCCCGGGUAAGCAUGACGGGAAGACUGUGACUGGCGCGGAAGGACCGCAUGCCCAGGAUGACACUGCGCAACCACCACACGAAGACCUAGCGAAGCAGCACGCUCGAGGCAUCAGCGUCAGCACGACCGGCACCAAUGUGGGCGUGUCCGAGUUCUCUCACCAGCAGACCAUGGCCGCCAAGGAGGAGCACGAGGACAAGGACGACGGUUGGCAGACCAUGCCCGCCUAUGCGCCGUAUGACAUAUACGACGACGACAACAAGCUCAUCGCAAAGGAGCACAAUGAAGAAGAGGACGAGAAGUACGGCUAUGCAGGGCUUGGCGGUGCGGGCAAGGGCUAUACGCGGGUGCUCGUGGACGACGAUGGCGAUUCGGUCACGAGCUUGGACGAUAAUACAAAGUACCUCUUCAAGAACCCGGGCGGUGGCACGAGUGCCCUCGACGAUGACGAUGCCCAGCGGGAUGCGGUUUCGCAGCUGCAGGCGACCAAAGAUCUCCUCACCGAGGGGCAGAGGAUAGCCUAUGUCGGCCUGACCCGGCUCGAGCUCUCCCAGAUGCUCAAGGACGCCGAGACCAUGGAGCCGACGAAGAAGACAAAGAAGCAGAUCCAGAUGGCGGCCGAGUCGAUGAGGAUGUGGUCGCAGAAGAUGAUGAUCCGGCUCUAUUCCCACAUGGACAUUAGCGCGGCAGAGCAGGUCAUGAUUGAGCAGCUGAGCGAGCACGGCGUCAUGCCAAAGGACCUGACGCCGCUUCUGAUGGCGAAUGCGCGCGUCAAAAACCCCAUGGCAGAGCAAGAGUCGCCCACGGGACUGGACAAGGUUUCACGCCCGUCGUCCACCGCGUCGCCACGCCCAUCUUCCGUGGCAUCACCGCGCCAGUCCUCGGCUUCCCUGCCGCGGUCUGGCCAGGAGACGCCUGCCGAGCCGCCACCGCCAUACCAAGCGCACGACAUUGAGGAAAUGCCAGACGUGCAGACGCCGUCGCAACUCCCUACAACCGAAAAGAUCGAUAUCGACCUUCGCUGGACUGUCCUGUGCGACCUGUUUCUGGUCCUCAUUGCAGACUCGAUUUACGACGCACGGUCGAGAACUCUCUUUGAAAAGGUCGGCAGGAGUCUCGAGAUCUGGGAGCUCGAUGUCUGCCGCUUCGAGAAGAAGGUGACCGACGCCCUGGAAAUGCAGCAGGCCGCCGAGAAGGAGAAUUGGAACGAGGACGAGCACAUGCAACACCGUCAGAAGAUGGCGCUCAAGCGGCGCUACGUCAUGAUGGGCCUAGCGACCGUCGGUGGAGGCUUGGUGAUCGGUCUAUCGGCCGGCCUGCUCGCGCCCGUGAUCGGUGCUGGUCUCGCCGCCGGCUUCACGACAAUCGGCGUCACCGGCACCUCGAGCUUCCUGGCUGGAGCAGGAGGUGCCGCCAUCAUCACUUCUAGUGCAGCGGCCUCGGGCAGCAUCAUCGGUGUCCGAGCUGCCAACAGAAGAACGGGUGCUGUGAGGACGUUUGAGUACCGGCCGCUGCACAAUAACAAGAGGGUCAACCUGAUCGUGACGGUGUCCGGGUGGAUGACAGGCAAGGUCGAUGAUGUUCGACUGCCCUUCAGUACCGUGGACCCCGUUAUGGGCGAUAUCUACUCGGUCCUUUGGGAGCCCGAGAUGCUGACCAGUAUGGGUGACACCAUCAACAUUCUUGCGACAGAGGCGCUCACGCAAGGCUUACAACAAGUGCUGGGAAGCACUAUCCUGAUCUCUCUGAUGGCAGCGUUACAGUUACCGGUAGUGUUGACCAAACUGUCGUACCUAAUCGACAACCCGUGGGCAGUGUCUCUCGACAGGGCCACCAUGGCGGGUCUCAUUCUCGCAGAUUCUCUGAUCGACCGCAACCUUGGCACCCGGCCCAUCACCCUGGUCGGCUACUCUCUCGGCUCGCGUGUCAUCUUCUCGUGUCUGCAGGAGCUUGCACGCAAAGGCGCUUUUGGCAUUAUCCAGAAUGUCUUCAUCUUUGGCUCGCCGAUCGUCGUCAAGAAGGACGAGUACCUCGCCGUGCGCACCGUAGUCUCGGGGCGCUUUGUGAACGGCUACAACAGGAACGACUGGAUCUUGGGGUACCUUUUCCGGCUGACCAACGGCGGUAUCCGUCGCGUGGCGGGCCUGGCGCCAGUCGAGGGCAUCCCCGGCAUGGAGAAUAUGGACGUCACUGAGUUCGUGGUGGGGCACAUGGACUACCGUACCGCGAUGCCGAGGCUGCUGAGGGAAUCCGGCUGGAUCGUCGAGAGUGACGAGUUCACCGAGAUCGAGGACCCGGACCCGGACAACCACACUGAGCGCCAGCGUGAGCUCAUCAACGAGAUCGAGGAGGCCCGCAAGGAGCUCGAGAAGGAGGGCAAAGGGAAGAGCGGUGGAGCAUUCGGCUUUUUGCGCCGCAAAAAGAAGACGGAAAAGCAGGAGUGGGAGGUCUACGAAGACUCGAGCAAGGCUGCGGACGCCAGCGGCAGCGGCAGGACAGAGGAUAAACUGGGCAACAAUCACGGCGUGCUCUUCGAUGUGGAUGCGAUACGGGCGGAGCUGGCCAGGGAGGGGCCGGAGCUAGAGGUCAAGGAGUUGCAGUCGACACUGCCACCAAUGAAGCUGGACCUCACGCCGACGCCGAGCCCGGUGUUCACGCCGCGGGACUCGUUCAGGGAGACUAAGAGCGCCGAGAACGUGUUACCUAUACGGUCGUCGCACGAGUACCGGCUACCGGAAGAACGGACGCCGACCAAGAAUUCGUAUCCGGACGUUGAUGAUGGCAUCUCGAUGACAUUUGACACGUCCUUCGACGACUCACCUAGGCCGGCGGCGGCUGCCAGUGCAACGACAGCCUCGAGACAGAUGUCUGAGCCGCCGUCGUCAUCGACGACGACGUCACGGCCUGAGAUGAAGACGGCGCAGACGAUGCCGAAUGUGGGGUACAACCCUUGGGGAGAUGACCCAGAAGACGACGAUUUUGGCAAGGAGAAGGAGAUAUCCAUGACGUUUGCGUGA